AUGACCGGCUUCAAGAUUCUUGUGACGGGUGCGACUGGGUAUAUUGGAGGCACCAUACUAUCCGAUCUAGUCAAUUCCCAAAACAACUCCUUACGAAAGUCCAGCAUCUCAGGUCUGGUCCGAGGAGAGGCAAAAGCUAAAGUACUUUCCGAGAAAGGAGUAAAUGUCGAGCUUUUCAGUGAUCUCGAUGCGAGUGACGAGAUCGAAAAGAUAGCGGGCGGUUAUGACAUGGUCAUCCAUACAGCCUCUGGCUAUCAUGAAGGAUCCGCAAAAGCUCUGAUAUUGGGGCUAGCAGAAAGGAAGAAGAGCACGGGGAAGGAUGUGUACUAUAUCCACACAUCGGGCACAUCCAACUUGGGCGAUCAGCCAAUCACCGGCAAAUACACCGAAACCCGUGUCUUCUCCGACAAAGAAGACAUCUAUUCCUACGAAAAGAUGCGCAACGAGAAACAGCCAUACGGUCAGCGACAGACUGACCUCACGGUAAUUGGGACUGGCUUGAAAGUGGGCGUUAAGACUUACAUCAUCAUGUCUCCCCUGAUCUAUGGCAUUGGCACAGGCCAUUUCCAUCAGCAGUCGAUUCAAGUACCAGCCAUGAUUCAAGCGGCGCUCAAGACGCAGCAGGCCGAAGUAGUCGGUUCGGGUAAGGCGAGCUGGGACCAUGUGCAUGUUGGCGAUUUGGCGAACUUAUAUGAAAUUGUCGUGCAAAAGCUUCUCGCUGGGGAGGAUCUGCCCAAUGGCGAGAAGGGGAUCUACUUCUCGGCCAACGGUCACCACACUUGGCUCGAGCUGUCUCAGGGGCUGGCUGAUGCGCUGUUCACGCUUGGUAUAAGCAAGACGGAAGAAGUGAAAAGUAUCAAUCUAGAAGAAGCAGCAGAGAGAUGGGCCGGCGGAGAUACUCUGCUUGCAGAACUGGGUUUUGCAUCGAAUUCACGGACAGAGUCAGAGCUUAGUCGAAGUCUGGGUUGGAAGCCCCGUAAGAGCGACCGGGACUUCAAGAACCAUUUCCAGACUGAAGUGGAAAAUAUGAUGGAAGAAAGGGAGAAGAACAAGUAG